AUGAUAUCUGCCACAUUGGAAUAUGAACAAAUUGUUGAGGCCUGUUUGCGCUUAAUACAGAACCGACUUGCUUGCCGAUACACCUUUUACGAGUUUCCUAAAGAGAAAGUUGAUGCUGGAGUAUUUCAGAGUGUAUUUCUCUGCUGUCAAACAUCAGAUGACGCAUCAGGUCCCAAAACACCCCUCCGUCUGGAUGAAUUGGCCAGUUUCAGUGUUCAUGCCUCAACUGAAAAGAGUCCUAACUGGAAGGUUUCCGCCGCCAGUCUUCACUGCAUCCCUCGUGCCUUUCCAGACGCUGCUGGCACAGCCCUCUUUGGCAUCUGUAUACCCAUAGCCGGCUCUCCUGACGCCUCAGGUUUCAGCAUCGAAGUGACCGCAGAACCCUCACUGCCAGCCUCCUUGUGGAGAUCGGUAGUCAUAAAUCUGCCGCGGGUAGAUAGGCUCUACCUCGUGGCCAUCACAUCGACCAAUGUCCUUGAGAUGUCCACCUCCCAGGGUGGGUCCGACAGACUGCUGCUUCACUUAACCGUUAAUUGCCACCGCGGUGGCGGCGCAGAACGUGUGCUGCUUCCGUGUCCUCUGACACUUUCUCUGGUGCGACUCCUUGCGGGCGACUACGAUCCGCCCGUCCGAGAGGCAGAUGCCAGUAGCGUGUUAAGGUGGACAGCAAUUGCGGCUGCUGUGAAUCCAUGCCUGCUCUCGCUGCAGCCGACUUCCUCGACGAAACAACAUCUCCUAUCAUCAUCAUCAUCAUCAUUGGCGCCGGCAUUGGAGUUCUUGCUGCGUGACCACACCACUGAACGUCUCAGCAGUGCACAGACGUGGACUUGGCUGCCAAAAGGUCUUCUUACGGGUUGUUGCAUUCGUGUACACGAACGCGACGAUCAUGCCUUACUGCAGCUUCUUGCUCCCCCAAAACUCCUCCCGAUUGUGACCAAAUGUCUAUUGUCUCAGCGCUUCUCCGAGCAGACUGGCAUCUCUCUUUCCAGAUGUGAGUCUAAGAUCGCCGAUCAAACCAAAGGCAUGAAGCCCCAACUUCGUUGUAUCUUGCUCGCAUUGCUUGAGGAGGUGCGGCGGACGACUGAACUGCUGAAAGCCUCCAUUGGGGAAAUCAUGCAGGAGCGCGUGCCCCUCAUGACAGACAUCACACCGCUGGCCAAUAGCCUCACAGCGGCUGAUACUGUUUCUGAUUGGCGGUCUCGCGCCACCGCCACUGAACUUGAUUGGUCGCUUCUGAAGGUCAUUCUGCUGAAAAAGAGUAGCCUUCUGGUUCAGCUGGCCCACGCUAGGCUGCGUUCUGACGAGCUUAUGCAGCGCUUUUGCCUAAACUGA